AUGAAGAGAGGGAUGAUGAAGAAGAGAGGGAUGAUGAAGAACAGAGGGAUGAAGAAGAACAGACGGAUGAAGAAGAGAGAUGAUGAAGAAGAGAGGGAUGAUGAAGAAAAGAGGGAUGAUGAUGAAGAAGAGAGGGAUGAUGAAGAACAGAGGGAUGAAGAAGAAAGGGAUGAUGAAGAACAGACGGAUGAAGAAGAGAGAGAUGAUGAAGAUGUCCUUACCCCCAUUGAGGUCCACCAGCCCCUCGAGGCCCUCCAGGUGAGUGUGGAUGGAGACGUGUCUCUCUGUGCUUGUUGUUUAUGUCAAACAACGCUGGAGGCCCUGCAGUGCCACUUCACCUGGGAUCUGGAGACCAGUAAGUCCACACUGCUACGUCGCAAAGACAAGCUGGAGGACAUCGGCACCGAGGAGGGGAACCGCUGGCUGGGUCACAUCUACAACCUGCGGGGGUUCGUUCAGUACAAGCUGGGGUUCACCGAAGACGCCCAGAGUCUCUUCAACAAGGCUGCAGAGGCCUUCAGGAGGAUAAGAGGGGCAGACCAGGGUCCCUGGUUGGUGGUGAACUACGGGGACCUGGCGUGGCUGCACCACCACCUGGGAGACCAAGCAGAGAGUCAGGCUUACCUGUCAAAGGUCCACGCCCUGAUGAAUAAAUACCCAUCUCCAUCCCAGGACCCCCAGGACCAGCUCCAUCCAGAGAUCUACGCUGAGAAAGCCUGGACCCUGAUGAAGUUCAGCUCAGAACAAAAGAAACAGGCUGCAGAUUACUUCCAGAGAGCCAUCAGGAUGCAGCCGGACACGGUGGAGUGGAACACCAGCUACGUCUUAGGGUUAGUAAAUGAGUUUAAGCACAGCGACACAGGGCUGGAGGCGGAGCUUCUGGAGAAAAUGAGACUCGCCAAAGAACAGGAUCCAGAGAACAUGUACAUUGCUGUUUACUACCUCGAGCAUUGUGCAAAGAAAGGACAGAGAAUCAAAGAUGAAGCACGUGAGUUAGCAACAAAGGUUUUGAGAAAUCCUGUGAGCAGCUACAGUGGCAUCAAACCGUUAAUAAGGGUUUACAGAAACUAUGUUUCUAUUGACGAGACAGUUGAUUUGGCCGAGGAGGCUCUGGGACAGUUGUUGGCCGAGGAGGCUCUGGGAUCCCAUCCAGACGAGCGUUAUCUGAAGAGAUGCGCUGCACUCUGCUACAAAUGGAAGAUAGUGUUUUUCAGGGACAGUCGUCCAAAACCAGACGAGAUAGACCGAGCAAUCAGUCUCCAUAAAGAGGUUAUUGCUCUCUACCCUCAUUCUUCCCUUGUGAAGAAGAUAGACCUCGCAAAUAUCUACGCAAAGUCAAAACAUGGCCAGGCCAAAGCUGAGCAGAUCUACCAGGAACUCCUAGAAGGUGAUCUGGAACCUGGAGACAAACAGAUGGUCUACAACAGCUACGCAAAAUAUUUGAACUUCGAUCGUCAGGAUCGCAACGCGUCAAUACGAUAUCACAUGAAGGCUGCGAAGAUACCGCACCAGUCCUUCUUUCGUGGGAACAGCAUCAAAGUUCUGGAAAAAAUUAAAGGCAGAGGCAGGAACCGACAGUGUAGAGAAAUAGAGGAGUUCCUGAAAAACCUGCAAGAACCACAGGGAUUUUAACAGCACUGGUUCUAAAUCCACAAA